UAGAAACCCAUGAGCAGAACUUCCCAUCAGUGGUAAAGAUGGCAAACCUCUGGCAGCACAUGGUCCUGUUUUGUAUGCGGAUUCCUCUGUGUCUGUCAUCCACCAUGAGCCUCAUUGGUUCACCACAGGAGUGUGAAAAAACUCACUUCGUUCCUGGUUACAACCUGGGUGGAGAAGGCUUUGACAUCGUAACCAUGGAGAGGAAGGGAGCCUAUGUCAUCGACACUGAAACGUGGAACCUUGGAAAUGGCACUUGCAAACUAUGCAGAAACAGCUACAUGGCUGGAGAGAUGCAGAAGGUUCCAGUUGCUGUGGUGGACUGGAGAAACCUCCCGAAGUGCACCAUGAAGGUCUCCAGCACACUCUACGAUUCUGUGGAAUCUCUCGUCAAUGAAUCCACAUCAUCUGUGUCCAACGAUUGGAAAAUUGGUCUUGAAAUUCCAGUGGACCCUUCAGUCACUGUUGGUGUUGGCCUUGGAGGGUCACACUCCAGGGCCUCUGAAUUUGCCAUGAAAAAAUCCAAAGAAGAUCGCUAUACCUUUGUCCGCCAAUCCGUCAAAUGUAAUUUCUAUAGGUACAGACUGACAACAAAUCCUCCCUUGAGUGCUGACUUUCUAUCAGCUGUGAACACGCUUCCUCCAUAUUCUCCUGCAAAGACAUCUGCAUAUCGCAACCUGAUUGACACUUAUGGUACUCAUUACAUCACACAUGUUUUUCUUGGAGGGGAAAUAAAGGCAACAACCUCUUUCCAGACCUGCAAGGCAACCAUGAAUGGGCUGACAGCAACAGAUGUUAGUGAUUGUUUGAUGGUUGAAGCCUCACUUAACAUUGCUAACACUGCCAAAUUUAAUGCCAUGACUAAACACUGUGAAGCAAAGAAGAGUAAAAUGGGCUUAAACCAAAGUUUCAGCUCAGAAUUCAAUGAGCGUAUCACAGAGGUCAUUGGUGGGGAUGAAAUGGAAGUUGUACUUCUUGAAGGAAGUUCAGACCCUACUGUGUAUAACAGGUGGUUAAACUCUCUUAGAACCACACCUGAUGUGGUCCAGUAUAACUUGAAACCUCUGCACAACAUCCUACCAGAUAAUCACCAUGCAAAAAAGGGUCUGAAACGUGAGGUGGAACAGUACAUCUUGAAAAAUGCAGUGCUGAAAAAAUGUUCUGAAUCCUGUCCAAUUGGACACAGGUCCAGCAAGAGAGAUCCCUGUGCUUGUGUGUGUAACAGUAACCAGAAUAUCAAGUCAAACUGCUGUCCAGCAGGGAAAGGCUUCGCAACAUUGAAGGUCUCUAAACUUCAUGCAAAUAAUCUAUAUGGAGACAGGUGGACUGAGACCGAUGGUUCAGUGGAAGUUAAGUACGGUGACCAGAUAAAACGCACCAUAAUAAUCAGUAAUAAUGACAAUCCUAGGUGGCCUGAAACAUUUGAUUUUGGACCCGUUGUCAUCAAUAUGCAAAAUAAGCUUACAUUUUCUGUAUAUGACGAGGAUACACACUGGAACAGGGAUCUGCUUGGUGAGUGUUCCUUUGAUCUCCGUAAAGGGCUUGUGAAAGACACCUGCAUGUUUGAUCAUGGUACGUUCUUCUUUACUUACUUGGUGGAGUGUGCACCGAGCCUGGGUGGUAAUCGGUGUGAUGAGUACCUUCCCUCUCCCAUGAAUCCCUCUCUGGCCAAAGUGUUUUACACCAGAAAUGGGGUUCUGCUUGGAGAUUCAAUGAGGAAGUUUUCAAAGCCAGGCGCUCUUUCAGGUUUUGGCCAACUGUGAGAGGAUGUAACGAGCACAGUAAUUGCAAUCGCUUGUAGUUUGUAAUGUUCUUUUCUUUAACUUUCAUAUUUCUGAAGAAUACUUCUUAAUCCUAAUGUUUGUCAAUAUACUGAUAAUUCUUUUUCCAAAAAAAUAAAAAAUAAAUGCAUUGUUUGUAAUUUUCCCAACUUUUGCCUGUAAUGUUUGUGCAAAAUUUUUAACACUUAAAUGAUUUCUAAGAUUCAAUCGUAGUUUGUAAAACAGUAACUAAUGAAUCCUACUUUAUGCUUCUUUUCAAUCUGCAAAAACCCGCAAUAAAGCAUCCACAAAGACA